CAUCCCCUCCCUAAUUGUCUGCCUUUGCUUGACAUUCUCUACCAGCAACAUGUACAUUGAACCUCCUUUUCCAUCUUUCUCUUAUAAACGUACACCCCCUCCCUCCGUCCUCUCUCAUUUCCAAAUCACUCCAAAGAUAAUGGUGGUGGAAAGUCUUACAGAGGAGGUGUGCCUCUCUUUUGCAAUCUUUCUCUUUUUGUGUCUGUAUCUUUUCUUGGUAGUUUUGGAGUCCUCAUGGACCAAUUGUGCAGCAUCUUGGCUGCCUCAAGACUGUUUCUUAAUUUCCACCACCACUCACAAAAAAAUGGCAUCAGUUAGUGAUUGAUUCUACCAUGUAGUAGCCAAAGAACUGGCAAGAAAAGGGAAUGGAAUGGAAGAUCUCUGAAUCUCUCUCUCUGUCUGUCCCUCAGGACUGGUCUCUCUUUAUGAUCAUAUAAGAAUUCUGUAGGCAUAAGUUGAGCAGAUGGCAAGAGUAUGGAUAUGUAUGUAACAAUUUGCAUAUCAUAUAUACAAUUUUUAUGUAAUUUUCUAUGCUAGCAUGUAGUCGAACUUGGCUAUUCUAAUGCUUGUGUUACAAGGAGAGAACUUCUUUGAAUUAGAGACUUUUCAUGGUGAUUGUGAACUCUCUUGCAUGCGCUCAUUGGUUUCAUCAUCUUUUCAUUGCGUGGCCAUGAAUGGAGGAAGUUAAUUUCUGCUUAUGGAGCAUAUUCCACUAGACCUUCAUCAAGGUGAACUGUAAAGGAGAUAAGACAUCGAACAUUAGCCAUUAGUCAAAGAAAAUAGCACGUAGAAGGCACUAAAAGAACCCUAGGAAAAUGGAGGAAUAAGCCAAGUAAUGAUUAGCCAAAAUAACUAAUUUUUAUCUUCAACUUUUGCCAUAUUUAGUCCUUUCCUCCCCCCAUUCCUGCUCCUUUGUUAGGGAUUCCAUUUCUCUAUCCAAGACUCUUUCUCUCCUCCUCCUCCGAUAGCUAGGAUGAUGUUAACGUAACAAACAUAAAAGAAAGGAGAGAAAAACCCUAACAAGGUGAUUCCAUGGGAAGCUGUGUUUCCACACCUGCAAAUCUAGGUCAUAUCAUUUCCAAGAGAUCAUCACACAAUGUCCGUAAACCUCUACCCUCACCGGAUCAGAACGAUUCGGUGGUACAAACGCCAAGAGCUCUUCACAUAACAUCAGUGAUCAAGGAGCCUACAGGUCACAACAUUCAUGAAAAAUACACAUUUGGAAAAGAAUUAGGAAGGGGUGAAUUUGGGGUCACGUAUCAAUGUUUUGAUAUCAAAACAGGUGAAAAAUAUGCAUGCAAGACCAUAUCUAAAUCCAAACUGAAGUCAGAAAUUGAUGUGGAGGAUGUUAGAAGAGAGGUGGAGAUCAUGAGGCAUUUGCCUAAACAUCCUAAUAUUGUGAGCUUCAGGGAGGCAUAUGAGGAUAGAGAUGCUGUCCAUCUUGUUAUGGAACUUUGUGAGGGAGGUGAGCUUUUUGAUAGGAUUGUUUCUAAGGGGCAUUACUCCGAGCGUGCCGCAGCAAUGGUUACCAAGACCAUUUUGGAGAUUGUCAAGGUAUGCCAUGAUCAUGGAGUGAUACACCGGGACCUAAAGCCAGAAAAUUUCUUAUUUGCAGAUGCAAGUGAAUGCUCCCAGUUAAAAGCAAUUGAUUUUGGCCUCUCCAUAUUCUUUGAACCAGGUCAGCGUUUCAGAGAAAUUGUUGGAAGUCCAUAUUACAUGGCUCCAGAGAUUUUGAGAAGAAACUAUGGACCAGAAGUUGAUGUGUGGAGCACAGGUGUUAUCCUUUAUAUCUUGCUUUGUGGAGUCCCUCCAUUUUGGGCAGAAACUGAGGAAGGGAUUGCGCACGCCAUUGUCCGCGGUGAAAUAGAUUUCGCAAGGGAUCCUUGGCCUAAAGUUUCAGAAGAAGGAAAAGACAUAGUGAAGAAGAUGCUUGAUCAAAAUCCUUACAACCGAUUAACAGUUGAAGAAGUUCUUGAAAACCCAUGGAUACAAAAUGCAAGUGAUGUCCCUAAUAUCUCUCUUGGAGAAAAUGUGAGAACAAAGAUUAAGCAAUUUUCCUUGAUGAACAGGUUUAAGAAGAAAGCUCUGAGAGUGGUAGCAGACAGCUUACCGGACGAGCAAGUAGAUAAAAUCAAACAAAUGUUCCAUAUGAUGGACACAGACCACAAUGGAGACUUAUCAUUUCAAGAACUGAAAGACGGCUUAAACAAGUUCGGACACUCCGUUCCUGAUCCUGAUGUGAAGCUAUUAAUGGAUGCUGCGGAUGCUGACGGAAAUGGCUUGUUAAGCUGCGACGAGUUCGUGGCGGUGUCUGUUCACCUGAAAAGAAUUGGCAGUGAUAAGCAUCUCACUCAAGCAUUUAGAUUCUUCGACAAGGACCAAAAUGGAUUUAUAGAGUUUGACGAACUGAGAGAAGCCAUGUCAAAUGAUGAUCUAGGUCCAAACAACGAGCAAGCGAUCAAAGAUAUCAUAGUUGAUGUUGAUCUAGAUAAGGAUGGUCGAAUCAGUUACAAUGAAUUUAAGGCAAUGAUGAAAAGUGGCUUGGAUUGGAAAAUGGGUUCUCGUCAAUAUUCAAGAGCAAUGAUGAAAGCACUUAGCGUUAACCUACUCAAAAAUGAAUCGAAGCAAUUGAAAUAGAUUCUCAUGAUGUACAUUAAACAUGAGCAGAAAAUGUACAUUGUUUCCUGAGUAACAAUAAAAACUUGAGUGAAAAAAUGAAUAUGAAUCAUGCCAUUGAAACAAAUUCUUGUGAGGUGCCCUAAACAUGAGCUGAAAAUGCUUGUAGUUU